AUGUCCUACCAAGAGGAUACGGAAUUCGCAAACGAAUAUCCAUUUGAGGAAGUAAAAACGAAUAGAUCAUCUGUAAACACACAAGCCAAUGGGUCACCUGUCCUCGAAACUGACGUUGUCAUUCGCCGCUACGAGAUGUUCGGAGAAAGUCCUCAAAUUCGCAAAGUCGGCUUAGUGCGACGAGCCGGCCGAAUCGAAACGGCGAAGAAAUCGAUCAUUCAAAUUACAUAUCUCCUGAUUCUACAACCCGUUUUCCAGAUUACAUCAACAUGGGCGGUUUCUCUAAUAUACUACAAGAUGUUAGAGGAGGAAAGGGCAAAGAAUAGAAGCGGAAUCUAG